AUGCUGAAGAUAUGGUCUAUGAAGAAGGAGCAGCAGAAGGCUGAGAACGCCGCCGAGGGUGCGUCAGCAGCGGCUCCCAAGAAGAAGAAGGUCACGGCAGCGCAAUUACGAGUGCAAAAAGACCUCUCCGAGCUCUCCCUAGGCAGCACAAUGUCCACCGACUUCCCCGACGCCGACAACAUCCUGGCCUUCACCCUCUUCAUCGAGCCCGACGAGGGCAUGUACAAAGGCGGCCGAUUCAGCUUCACCUUCAACAUCACCCCCUCCUUCCCGCACGAGCCGCCCAAGGUGCUCUGCCGCGAAAAGAUCUACCACCCCAACAUCGACCUCGAGGGCAAAGUAUGCUUGAACAUCCUGCGCGAGGACUGGAAGCCUGUGCUCAACCUCAAUGCUGUUAUUCGUGCCGACUGGCCGCAAGAGAAGCUCCUGGAGUACUUCAAGAACGACACCCUCGCGCUCAUCGGCUACGGCUCGCAGGGCCACGGGCAGGGCCUCAACCUGCGCGACAACGGCCUCAACGUCAUCAUCGGCGUGCGCAAGGACGGCAAGUCGUGGCAGGACGCCAUCCAGGACGGCUGGGUGCCCGGCAAGAACCUGUUCGAGGUCGACGAUGCCAUCUCCCGCGGCACCAUCGUCAUGAACCUGCUCAGUGACGCUGCUCAGAGCGAGACUUGGCCUGCGCUGAAGCCGCAGAUUACUAAGGGCAAGACCCUCUACUUCUCGCACGGCUUCUCGCCCGUGUUCAAGGACCUGACCAAGGUCGAGGUCCCAACCGACGUGGACGUGAUCCUGUGCGCCCCCAAGGGCUCCGGGCGGACGGUGCGCUCUCUCUUCCGCGAGGGCCGCGGCAUCAACUCGUCAUUCGCCGUCUACCAGGACGUGACGGGCAAGGCCAAGGAGAAGGCGAUCGCGCUGGGCGUGGCGAUCGGCUCCGGAUACCUGUACGAGACGACGUUCGAGAAGGAGGUGUACUCGGACCUGUACGGCGAGCGCGGGUGCCUGAUGGGCGGCAUCCACGGCAUGUUCCUGGCGCAGUACGAGGUGCUGCGCGAGAACGGCCACAGCCCCAGCGAGGCCUUCAACGAGACCGUCGAGGAGGCCACCCAGUCGCUGUACCCGCUGAUCGGCGCCAACGGCAUGGACUGGAUGUUUGAGGCGUGCUCGACCACCGCCCGCCGCGGCGCCAUCGACUGGACCCCGCGCUUCAAGGAUGCGCUGAAGCCUGUGUUCAACCAGCUGUACGACUCGGUCAAGACCGGCGAGGAGACCAAGCGCUCGCUCGAGUACAACUCGCAGCCGGAUUACCGCCAGCGCUACGAGGCCGAGAUGGAGGAGAUCCGCAACCUCGAGAUCUGGCGCGCCGGCAAGUCUGUUCGCUCGCUCCGCCCCGAGAACCAAAAGUAA